AUGACUGUGUUAACGGAUCAGUAUGAAUAUCUGAAUGAAGAUGCAAUUGACGAUCAAUUUAAAUGUGUUAUUUGUAUCCAGCCAUUUCGAUCUCCGAUCAUACUGCAUUGCCAACAUACAUUUUGUCAAAAAUGUAUCGAAACGUGGGUGGAAAGUAAUAAAUCGUGUCCGGUAUGUCGUCAACCGGCCGAGAUUUCGGUGAUAAAAAUCAAUGAAACUCUCAACAAACAACUCGAUGAAUUUCUUGUUCGAUGUCUUCGAUGUAAAAAGACAAAUAUUCAACGAAGCCGUUUCGCCAAACAUUAUCAGCAUUGUUCAAAACGACGACUUCAAACUGUUUCAGAUUUAUUCAAAACUCGUUGGGAUGGCCUGCGAAGCAGCGUUCGAUCGAGAUGUCGAAGAAAAAANAACAUAGAUGAAGGACAUUGUAGCACCUGGAUUUUUAUUGCUCCCUACACACAUGGUUUAUUGCCAGUUUAG